AUGGCAGUUUCGGUGGAUAAGUUUCGUAAUGAGAAAUGGCGUGGCUUGGGUUGCGAGCUGUUGAAAGAUUUGGCUUUGUCCGGUUUUCAAAAAUUGGAAGUAAUUGAUAUGGAUACUAUUGAAUUAUCAAAUCUUAACAGGCAAUUCCUUUUCCGGGAAAAUGAUGUGGGGAAAUCAAAAGCCGAAGUUGCCGCAGCAUUUAUCAAUAAACGAAUAUCAGAGUGCAACGUUAGCCUAGUAGAUUUUGAUGCUGAUGGUAACCCAAGUGGAAUAAUACCUUUGAUUGAUGGUGGUACUGAAGGAUUCAAGGGUAAUUCACGAGUGAUUUUGCCAACGAUGACUGCCUGUAUUGAAUGUACUAUUGAUCUCUAUCCCCCGCAAGUAAAUUUUCCAAUGUGUACAAUAGCGAAUACACCUCGACUUCCGGAGCACUGCAUUGAAUAUGUAAAAGUACUGCAGUGGCCAGCCGACAAACCUUUCAACGGCGCAGCACUGGAUACCGAUAAUCCGGAGCACGUUGAAUGGGUGCUACAAGCGGCUUUGGAAAGAGCUUCAAAAUAUCGUAUCAGCGGAGUUGAUCUGAGGCUCACUCGAGGCGUUCUGAAGCGUAUAAUUCCUGCUGUUGCAUCCACAAAUGCGAUCAUUGCAGGUAUUUAUACCGUCAGCGACGUCUUUCUAGCUGUUUUGAUUUGUGUGGUUGACAGAUAUAGUGUGGCGAAGGACAAAAUUGUUCUUAGACUGCGGGUUGAAGGACUAAUUCCGCUGUUGGGGACAUAGGC